AUGGCUUUGUGUCAGACAACGUUCACGAGCCAGCAGCUGCACCAGUUGGAGCGGGCCUUUCAGGCUACCCACUACCCAGACGUGGUGCUCCGGGAGCAGAUAGCCGCCAGCGCUGACCUCACAGAGGCCAGGGUGCAGGUAUGGUUCCAGAACCGCCGAGCCAAAUGGAGGAAGGGCGAGAACGUCACAUACAAGCAGCUGACGGCCUCCUCGUCAGUCUGCGCCGCGGGCGGCAGCAGCGGACCUGGCCUGUCGACCCAGGUGGCGCCACCGGAGGACCAGCGACCUCCCACCUCGGCCCCACUGAUCAGCCUGAGUGACCUGACAAAGGACCUGAUGCUGCCCCUCGAGCCGACGCCGCCAGUGCUGACACCUACCAUCACAAUCGGUGACGGUCUGCCGGCGCCGCUCUCCACCCUGUGCCCGGGGCUCGACUGGACCACCGCCGUGCCUUUCUCCGCUCCCGACGGCACCGUGUUCUCCGAUCUGCUCACGGUAGCCAGCAGCCACCAAUCAGCGCUCGUCUCGGCGGCGGACGGCCGACACCAGCUGGUUUACACACAGACGGACGGAACAGAGCCUCAGCCGGUGUUUGUACACCCCGAACAGACCAGCACUGAACAGACACCAUACCUGAGGGUGGCGGUGGAUGGACAGACGGAGUAUGGUGACACUGACGAAGACGAAACCCUGCCGGUGAGUAGCCCCGCUGAAGAGACGGCUGAUGGCGGACAGGCAGUCUGUUCAGAGCCUGUGGUGGACAGUGGUCAGCAGCUGCUGUUUGCAGAGUCAGCUGAUCAAAGAGAACAUCACACGGUGUUUACAACAGCCGCGGCUGAAGUUAUGAAUCAGCAGCUAUUCUUUGAAUCUCCAGAGAGCAGUCAACAGUUAGCUUUUCCGGAAACAUGUUCAAAAAGCGACCAGGCGAUCUAUCAGGGAUCAUCCGUUGGUCUCCAGAAUCCCCUGUUCAACGAAACACCCGAACACAGACAGACAAUGCCAUACCACGAGUCCGUUGAAAGCAGCCAAACGCCAGUAUAUUCCGAGCCGGCUGUGGGCGCAGAGCAGCCGGUUUUCCCGGGCUCGUGCCACAACUCCGACGAGCUGCAGUUUUCAGACUGCGAGUCGGAGAGCGAUCCUCUGGAUGGAUGCACAUAUGGCGGUGAUAUGAACCUAUCUGGUGACUGAACUUGAAGAAACUGUCCCUAGCUAGUUGCUCUCACAGGCCUUAUGACUAGUUGUAAUCAGAGCCGGGAAUAGUCUUGUGAAGACUGGCUGGAAACUAGUCCCUGAUGAUCAACUGUCCGGCAUCGCAUUGAACCGAAUCCCGUUGGAGCGGUUCUGAGUUUGAAUUGAAUCACCCGGGCUAUGCUGAAUGAGAACAGACUUAUAUGGACAACGAAUAGAUAUGAGCAAUCAAUGCGAACGUCAAAGACGAAGCCAAUAAUUUCACGCAGAGGGAAAAUACUGCUUCUGCUGAAAAUGCUAAAGUGAGUGGUGUUUGGUGUUAGGGGCGUAACGCAACUUGUGGAGUGAAGGCCAUAUGCGUUGAGACCGUAUUGUUUCCGUUUUCAGUUGCUCUCGGUUAUGUUGCAAUUUUGCAAAUGAUAUAUUGCAAAAGAAAGCCACUUUAGUGGUUUUAGAGCGCCCGGCAAACCAUACCGCACUAGAUAGAGACGUGGCUAGUCACCGAGUCUUUCGUUGAUCGACUUUACGUAUGCAGUCAAGUGACAUGAAAAUAUGUGUACAUGUGUGUGCUUGUAUGUGUAUCGAGACAAGGAAGACGUAAUUAUAGGCACUGACAUGUGAUAGUAAUGGUUUUUAGGUUGCCGUCUGUGACGUAGAGUUAUUAUGCUUCCUUAAUAUGUUAUUCGUUUAAUGAUUAAAUUAAUUACUUUAUAUUUACAUUAGCAAUGUUUGCUUAGUGCUUAUGAGUCUUAUUAUAUAUUGAUAGCAUUGUUAUAUUCGCAUUUUAUUACGAUGGUAUGUUCAUUUUCCCUUCAUUAAGUUUGGCGUAUCAUCGAUUGCUGCGUGCUCGAUAGAACUUAGAAGUUUGCACAUUUUGAAGAUGCGUAGUUGAGUGUGUAAACAAAUGAACUGCUGCGAAGUGCAAUGCUGUUACAUGCAAUAUAACGAACGGCAAUAAAGUCAA